CACAUGUGUAUGCUUGUCACUAAGGGGCUGGGAGAAGGACUAAGGGAAGCGAGGGAGCUGGCCACAGCCGCCAUAUGCUGACUGGAUUCCUGUUCAUGUCUGCUGAGUGAAGACUGAGGCUUUCUGCUGUGUGCUGGCCGGCCGGGGAACACGCCAUGGGAAGCUCACAUCUCCUCAACAAAGGCAUGCCUCUAGGUAUCAGGCCUCCCAUCAUGAACGGGCCCAUGCACCCGCGCCCCCUGGUGGCCCUGCUGGACGGGCGUGACUGCACUGUGGAGAUGCCCAUCCUGAAAGACGUAGCAACUGUGGCCUUCUGCGACGCUCAGUCCACACAGGAGAUUCACGAGAAGGUGCUGAAUGAAGCUGUAGGAGCUCUGAUGUACCACACCAUCACGCUGAUGAGAGAAGACCUGGAGAAGUUCAAAGGUCUGCGUAUUAUCGUCCGCAUUGGCAGCGGCUACGACAACAUCGACAUCAAAUCUGCCGGGGAGCUGGGCAUCGCUGUUUGUAAUAUGCCGGCAGCCUCGGUGGAGGAGACGGCCGACUCCACGCUGUGUCACAUCCUCACAUUGUACCGACGCACCACCUGGCUACAUCAGGCGCUGCGGGAGGGCACGCGGGUUCAGAGUGUGGAGCAGAUCCGAGAGGUGGCCUCAGGUGCAGCGAGGAUCAGAGGAGAGACGCUGGGACUCAUAGGACUCGGUCGAGUGGGCCAGGCUGUAGCGCUGCGAGCAAAGGCUUUUGGCUUCAAUGUGAUUUUCUAUGACCCUUAUCUGGCUGACGGAGUAGAAAGAUCCCUGGGACUACAAAGGGUCACCACGCUACAGGACCUGCUCUUCCACUCGGACUGUGUGUCUCUGCACUGCAGCCUGAACGAACACAACCACCACCUGAUCAACGACUUCACCAUCAAGCAGAUGCGUCAGGGGGCGUUCCUGGUAAACACAGCCAGGGGGGGUCUGGUGGAUGAGAAGGCGCUGGCUCAGGCUCUGAAGGAGGGGAGGAUACGUGGAGCGGCUCUGGAUGUUCAUGAGACAGAGCCUUUCAGUUUCAGUCAGGGUCCACUGAAGGACGCCCCCAAUCUGAUCUGCACUCCACACGCUGCCUGGUACAGUGAACAGGCAUCGUUGGAAAUGAGAGAGGAGGCAGCCAGGGAGAUCCGAAGGGCUAUCACAGGUCGUAUUCCAGACAGUCUGAAGAACUGCGUGAACAAGGAGUUCCUCACCCAGAACAACCACUGGACAGGAGUGGACCCAGCUACCGUCCACCCCGAGCUGAACGGGGCUUAUAGGUAUCCCCCCGGGGUUGUCAGUUUGCCGGCAGGGGGGCUCCCGCCUCCAGUUGAAGGCAUUGUGCCCAGCGCCGUGCCCAUCACACACACCCUCCCGCCCGCUGUCAUACAUCCUCCCCAUGCUCCAUCUCCUGGACUAAACACAGUAAAGCCACCAGAAGGCGACAGAGAGCAGCAUCCGAAUGACCACCUGUAGCCACACGUACACAAACAACACUCGCGCAAUCACACACACAUACACACACUCACAUACACACACGCUUGCCCGCGUUGUCUGGCAGCUGGAGGAGGUCGGCAUGGCAACCGGUGUCAAAGCGGUAAGUUCCCUAGCGACGUGUUGUUAUCAGACGGGUUCAUAUCGACAGGAUGAGGUCCCCAAAAACAAUCGAUUCCCAACUCUCUGGCCAAUGGUUCCCAGCAAGCCUGUUCACACUCCAGAGAGGAAGAAGAGGAGGAUGAGAGAAAGAGGAUCAGGAGUGGAUCACUUUCAAACGCUCUAAUUUAAGAACGAGACAGUUUACCUCUGCCCCACACACGUCCUAAAAAAAGACUGUGAAACUCGAGGUCCGCACAUUGAUCUUUUGAAUAGUUUCCUCUGCCAGAAGUAAAUCAAAAAACAAAAAAAACAACAACGAUCUCUUGGUUUGGAAAAGAAAAAAAUACGAAAUCAAAUUCUGCUGUCUUAGACUGUAGUGUGUCCAAAGUUAGAGGAGCAUCUUUCAUGUCUUUUUCUGUCUUUUCCUUAGUUCGAUGUACAAGCAAAAGUAGUAGGUUAUGAAAUGAAUGUGUCUGUGUACAGCGUGAGACUCGCGACGAGAAGAUACUGAUAUUUGUAUUCCAGUCUCACACAGAAACAAGAGGUGUGUGACCUCUAUGUAGCCAAACUGGUUUGAGAAUACAAUAUCUGUCUGUUUGUUUUAUUUUCAAUGUGUCCCCAAAUUUACAAGCCCCCCCCCCUAAAAAAAGAGGCAGCUUUUUGCACACCAUCUCAGGAAAUUAAGUUUCCGCAGUUGGUAUGUUGAUAUAUUUUUUGUUUUAAAAAUCCAUUUUUAUGCCACUUAGUGCUUUUGUUUUUCUACCUGCUUGCCUUUUCAUGUCCCGCCACAUUAGAAAAAGACCUUAAAUAAGAGCUAAAGUCGAUCUGAUGUUUGGUUUUAUUUGUUUUGUUUAAGGGAGGCACGUGAUUUUGCUCUCGGACUUGUGUAAAUGUUUGACCCACAUUGAGGGUUUGUGGGAGGAAAGGCUGCAGGACGGUGGCAAAAUGGUUUGCUUGGCUAGGGCGACUUCAUCUGCAGCAUCAUCGAGUGGUUUGUGUGAAUUACUGUUUGAUAAAGGCAGGUUGUCCAAGAGGUGAUUUUCAUAACAUGUCCUUAUCUUCGUCUUCUUCAUGUGCAAUGAUCCAGUACUUCCACCACCAAUCCCAGUAAUUGUCCAGCUCCCGGAGCGUGAACAGUCAAGCACACCAAGGUUUACAAAAGAUGCACAACAUCGAUGAUUAAGUGUUGCUUCUUGCUGCUAGAUAAAUAUUUUAGAGAGGUUGCCCUUUUAGCUUUCUCUGAGAACAUUGUUUUUUUUCCCUUCCCAUUCAAAGUUAAAUCCACUUGUGCAGAGGUCACACUCCGUUCAAGACAGUUGAGGAACAGUCGUGUGGGUGAAGUAAGGUCAAACCAAAUUUUUCCUGUUUCUGUUGCCACAUUGAGCUUUUACAGAUAAAAAAUAAAAACUGCUUCAUUGCUUGUCAUUUUAAACAGCUUUCUAAAAGAUGAACCUGCUUGUGCAAACAAAACAAAAAAAAGUAUGUUUUUUAUAGAAAUGUGAGAGACAUCAUAUAUGCACAGUGAAGUUCAGAUGUUUAAUGGUAGCAUGUCAGAAUGUAUGGAUUGCUCCAGUAUAGAAUCCCUUUAACAUUUCCCGAUGGCUCCUUCCUGAGUAAACCGUUCAGCCACCCUCUGUGGCCUCUGUGUCUAUGUGUACAUAUGGUGUUCUGCCUGCCUGUGUCAAUGUGACUUGGUUGUAUCUGUGUCUUAAAAAAACAGCAGCACUGGGAGAAGGGGUGGUGGCAUCACGACAAACACUGCCAUCUAAACACACAAAAAGAAAUAUGCACGGUAGCAAACGGAGCCAGUAAACGCAAGUUCUUACUGGUUCGAUUCCAACAAUGUAAAGAAAAUACCUGGAAACCCCUUCGCUAUGAGGAAUAUUUAUUACCGACUCCAGUUUGUUGAAGUUAGCAUGCCAGCUGAGCGAUGGUGCUUUCUCGAACCCCUUCGACCAGCGGCUGAGUGGUAGAACAGUUCACUGUUGCCUACCUGCUCGUCUUCAUGGUGAGGUAAGCGUCGCGAUCAGGGAUGGAAACUUCACUCGCCAUCUGGGGUGUCUAGUUCAUAGGGUACUGAUCUGACCCAGGAUUUAAAACUCCCAAAUCCUUAGGGGGGAAGCUGAAAUAUUAUGAACUUGACUCUUAAUCUUACCAGAUGUUUGGUCAGUACAUGGUGGAGAAACCUUGUGGUUACUUCCGAAUAUAAACUCUAAUCAUUCCUUAUUCAAACCGAUGGGUGCCACAAUUAAAAAAACAUGCAGACUAGCUUCUAAUGCAUCGAGGUGCUCGUUGAAAUUCCAUCCCUGAUAGUAACGUACAGUCCGAUGUUACCUUGGUCCCUUUCAUGGUAAAGUAGUAGGCGUAGCAAUAUACAGUAUACAUAUUCUAUAUUCUUCAGUAAAUAUCAUUAUUUUUGGUCAAAACUGACAACCUGACAAAGAUAUGUUUGUGACUGUAUGCAUUUGUAUGAAUUAUUUUAAAAGCAAAUAAACUGUGGAAAGGUGAAA